GAUUACUACCCUUUUCACUGAAACCCUAAUUGCAAAUAUGUUAAGAAACUACAAAAUCUAAGUUUUAGGCCCGAACUAAAACCAAGGCAAGAUAACAAAAUACAACAUGAUGAAUGAUAAAAUAAUCUAAUAUUAGGAUCAAAUACAAUAUUUUUCAUUGAGAGCGGACCCAAGGAGACAUUAACACCUAGAGAACUAUGUGCCCUGGAGUCAGCACUCAGAAACUCUGAGUUAUCAGUAGUGAUGGUAAGGUUUGGUAAAUAUCUAGAUUUAUCAGACAAUACAACUUGCCAGGCAGUAAACAGGUUUGAAAAUAAGAUGGAAAUCUAUCAUCUUGAUUUUUCUGAAUUAGCAAAGGGAACUGCAAUGGAAGGAUUUUUUACAAGUUCUGUAAUGAAAAACAGCGAUUACAGAUACACACAUAUGGCGGAUGGUUUGAGAUUGUUACUUGUAUACAAAUUCGGAGGGUUCUAUGCUGACACUGAUUACGUCAUCAUCAGAUCUCUGAAGGACUUGAAGAAUGUUGUUGCCAGUGACCAGGUGAAUGAAGAAAAAUAUAAUGACGAAGGGCAAUUACUUCAAGGUCAUAAAAUCAGUAAUGCAAUGUUCCAUUUUGAAAAAGGACAUAGGGUUCUUGAAUGUGCAAUAAACAAUUUUUUUGUAAAUUACCAACCCCAUUCUUGGGCAGCUAACGGUCCAGAUCUACUCAACAGAUGUUUAAUGUUAAUUUGUGGACUGGAGACAGCUAGAGAGACAGAUAUGACAGUUGAGAAGAUAUCUAGGGAUAGAUGUGAGGGGGCUCAACUGUUAGAUCACAGAUCUUUCUAUCCGUUUCCUUGGAUACAGUUUGGCAAUCUAUAUGAUCCUAAACAGACGAAAAAGGAUUGGAAGAAUGUGUUUAAAAACUCUUACGGAGUUCACUUCUACCAUGGAUCUACCAAAACUAAGGAUGGAGGAGGCUAUCAAAUUUGGAAACCAAGUAAUUAUGGAGCAAGAAAACCAGCUUAUCUAGCUCUAGCAUUAGAACACUGUCCUGUUUCAUUUGAUAGUAGAACACCUUUUUAAAUCUGUACUGAAUAUGUUUAUUGUAGAACACUUUACUAAUUCUGUCCUAAAUAUGUUUAUUGUAGGACCCCUUUUUAAUUCUGUCCUUACUCUGUUAAAACACCUUUGUAAUUCUGUCCUAAAUAUGUUAUAAUAGACACCUUCAUAAGUCUGUCCUGAAUAUGUUAAUGUAGGGCACCUUUGCAAUUAAGGAUCCUUAAUGUCUUAGGACAUCGUUGUAAUUAUGUCCUGAAUAUUUUAUUGUAGGACACCUUUGUAAAUCUAUUCUUCUUAUGGACACCUUUGUAAUCACGUCCUGAAUCUGUUAGGACACCUUUGUAAUAUUGUCCAGAAUAUGUUAGGACACCACCAUAACUCUGUCCUGAAUAUGUUUAUUGUAGGACAUCUUUGUAAUUCUGUCCUGGAUAUGCUGUUAAAGGACACCUUUGUAAUUCUGUCCUGAAUAUGUUUACUGUGGGACACCUUUGUAAUUCUGUCCUAAAUAUGUUUAUUGUAGGAUACCUUUGUAAUUCUGUCCUGAACAUGUUUAUUGCAGGAACCUUUGUAAUUCUGUCCUAAACAUGUUUUUUGUAGGACACCUUUAUAAUUCUGUCCUAAACAUGUUUAUUGUAGGACAACUUUGUAAUUCUGUCCUAAACAUGUUUAUUGUAGGACACCUUCGUAAUUCUGUCCUGAAUAUGUUUAUUGUAGGACACCUUGGUAAUUUUGUCCUAACUAUGUUUAUCGUAGGACUUCGUCAUAACUCUGUCCUGAAUAAUAAUAUGUUAUUGUAGGACACCUUAAUAACUCUGUCCUGAAUAUGUUAAUGCAGGACACAUUUGUAAUUCUGUCCUUUAAUCUGUUAAAAAACCUUUGUAAUUCUGUCCUUAAUCUGUUAAAACACCUUUGUAAUUCUGUCCUUAAUCUGUUAAAAAACCUUUGUAAUUCUGUCCUUAAUCUGUUAAAACACCUUUGUAAUUCUGUCCUUAAUCUGUUAAAAAACCAUUGUAAUUCUGUCCUUAAUCUGUUAAAAAACCUUUGUAAUUUUGUCCUGACUCAGUGAAUUUUUUAUUGUAUGACACUUUCAUAAUUUCUUUCCUUUAUCCGUUAGAACAUCUUUGUAACUCAGUGCUAUGUUAUUGAAUUUAGUAGUUCUGUAUUUUGUGUAUGACUAGUUUCUUU